AUGGUCAACUACGUUAGCUUUGUUCUAAUUGCGAUGGCGUCGGUCGCAAUAGCGGAGUCGAGGGUGAUUCCGACUGAGCCUAUUUCUGUGACGCUGGAUACUUACGGCAAUCCUGUAAUGUUUCUGAGAGAAAAGAGGACAGCCGUGCGCCCUUAUCCACACAGAACGAUGAUGUUCACCGGUUACUAUAGACCGAUACGUCGCACAAAUAACGGCGACCAGGCAACAGGCGUUUUCGCACAAGGAAAUGCUGUGAGUGGCGAAGCUUUCUUCGGUGGUGUGCACACACCGCAUCUCAAGGGUGGCCCAGAACCAACCGAGGAAGUGUCCAGCGCCGAGGCACAGGCAGCGCCGGCGUUUGAAGAGCAGGAACGCGAAUAUCAUCAUCAUCGAAACGAGGUGCAUCGCCAUGAGGAGGAGCAGCAUCACGAGCAUCGUUACGAUGAGGAGGAACAGCUUCAUCCUGGCGAUCCGCAUUAUCAUUACCAUCAUCAUCAGGAUUCUUUGACCCCUCAGGGACAUCACGAAUUGGAGCAGAUUCCGUUAACUACAGAAAUUGCGCAACCGCCGUUUACUGCCACGGAAGCAUCCCGACCAAAGGUGCAUCAUACCAAGAAAACGCAUAAGACGCCCGUGACUGUUAACGCUGACGAUGAUGACGACGAUGAGGAUGAAGUGGAUGAGGAAGAUGAUGAACCGGUUGUGCCGUUCGUACCUUUUAAGGGCAACAGACGCCGUCAGAAAUAUCCCCAUUUGAACAACUUCUUCCCUAUGGUCUUCAGCUUUCCAAGACUGGCCACUCGCGCUGGAUCAUCCGGGUCUAUCCCUGGUGCCAUCACUGCCAUCGCAAAUAGUUACUCUACAGGGAAAGGCGGAGUUGCCAGCUCAGUAGCCACUGCCUAUGGCGGAUCUCCAACUGGAAAGAAACAACGCCCGCAGCCUUUUAUAAAGAUGGCGAAAAUCUUCAAACGACAGUCACAGCAACCGGACCAGAGGCUGAUCGUCUUAAACGUACCGCGUACAGUAGACAUGGCGGUGGCUUCGGCCACGGAUACGGUGGUGGAUUCGGACAUGGCGGUUUUGGAGGACAUCACGGUUACGGAGGAUAUCACGGUUACGGAGGUUACGGACAUCACGGUGGUUACGGAGGUUACGGACAUUACGGUGGUUACGGAGGCAGAGGAGGAUUUGGAGGAUUUGGAGGAUUCUAAUUCAGAGUUUAUGUUCUUCGGAAUUAUAUUUGCUGUCUUCGCGAUUGAAGCGCAAUGCCGCUCGCUCACGCUUUCAAAUGUGAGAGACGCAGGCGAUACAAUUUCCGAAAUCACGCCGGACCAAUUAAAGGAGCUAAUUGCAUCGUACGAGGAAAACUUCGAGAAACUCAUAAACUUUGCCGUAAAAAUUAGUGAAAACGAGACCAACAAUAAACGUGAGAUACAAUUUUUAAAGCAGCUAAGCUCAGUUAUCGAACAACUUGUUCAAGAACAAUCAAGAAUUAUGCACGUCAAAUUUAACAAUACAGAUUCUAUCUUGCAGGCACUAAAUAACGUUAAUAGUGUAAAAGAUUUAAUCAAUACUAUAAAAGAGAUCGAUACUGUUUAUCCGGAUGGAGAGAUUACUGACAAGCACAUUCGAAUCAAACGAGCCGCGACUUUUGCAACAUCAGAAGAAUGGAUGAAUAAUAUGUUAAUUGAUAUUCAACGUCAAGUGGUGCAAAUUCGAAAAUAUUUAGACAAGUUAUGCAAGGUCGAACUGGAUAGUCUCUGCAAACUUUACAAGAAGUUGACUACCAAUUCCAGCCAACAACAAGUUGAACGAUCGAUAUCUAUCGGCAGAAGGCCACAAUCGAGGCCAGCUGUCGAGAGAAUUGAUAGAACUAUUUUUCGAGAACUCCUCCACAACACGUUUCACGUAAUUACCGAAGACACUCUGGUAGAGCGCUUAUUUUGUUGUUGGGAUCGAGAGAUCGAGAGUGCUAUCAGACUUGAACCGUGGAUCAUGGGACUCGACGUGUUCCUACGGGGUAGUCUACGUGACAAAAUCGUUUUCUGCUUUCACGUGUACGAUCUAAACAAUGACGGAUACAUCACAAAAGACGAAAUCUUUCAGCUGCUCAAAAAUUGCCUGAUAAAGCAGCCUGGUGAAGAAGAUCCAGACGAAGGAGUGAAAGAUCUAUCGGAGCUGGCCUUGAAGAAACUCGACGUCGAUCACGAUGGAAAAAUAUCAUUUCGAGAUUAUGAGACAGCGGUUAUAGAGGAACCGCUAUUACUAGAAGCGUUCGGACAGUGUCUGCCUACUGAUGAAAGUUGCGCAGAUUUCUUGGCGACUCUUCAGCCCUGA